AUGUUGAUGCUGCAGCGCGGUAUUACGGAUGCGGAGUUGAAGCAGAUUAGCCAAGAGUUUUCGAACGGGUUGCAGACGCAUCCAGAUAGAGGGGAGCUGCCAUUUGUAUUUGGAAGUCUGACAGAAGAUGGUCUCAGGGCGUUGUUGGACAAGUACGCGGGCCUUGUGGAGUCUGUCCAAGAGGACCAGUUCAUGAAGAUGGUCGACGACCCCCCGCUCGAAAAUGCGAACGACAGACAAUCCGAGCGACGGACCUACCCAUAUGGGAUCCAGUACCUCGAUGCGGACACGGUCCGGGGGCGGGGCGUGGGGGUGCAUGUGUACGUGUUGGACACAGGCAUUCGCAUAACCCACAACGAGUUCGGCGGCCGGGCUUUCGCCGCAGUGGACGUGGCCGCCUCGGGAACUUAUCCAGGCACUCUCGCAGUGUGCUCGCCCACCAGCACAACGUGCGCUGACGACGUACACGGGCACGGCAGCCACUGCGCAGGCACGGUGGGGUCCUCGUCAUAUGGCGUCGCGGAUGGCGCUACUAUUUGGUCAGCGAAGGUCCUGAACAAUGCUGGCUCUGGCUGGACAACAUGGAUGGUUCUAGCCGAGCAGUGGAUUCUGGCGAGUGGGAACAGGCCAGCAGUUCUCAGUGAAAGUAUCCAGGUCGGGCCAGGCUGGAAUGAUUUGCCGUGGCAAGCCUCGACGGACGCAUUGGUCGCCGAUGGCGUGAUCGUGGUGGUAGCUGCAGGGAACUACAACCAAGACGCGUGCACCUGGACUCCGGCUUUCAUCCCGACCGCGAUCACUGUAGCAGCUUUUGGUGGGUCUUCGGGGAGUUCAUGGGACAGGGCCUCGUACAGCAACUGGGGCUCAUGCGUCGAUAUCUUUGCUCCGGGCUCGAACGUGCUGUCGACGGGCCCGUCCAGCGACACCCACACCCAGUACAUGACGGGCACGUCCAUGGCCUGUCCCCACGUCGCCGGCCUCGCGGCGAGGAUGUUCGAGGCCUACCCGACGGCGGGAUCCCUGACUGCUGCGGAGAGGUGGGCACUCCUGACGGCCACGAACUGCACCAGCUGUGUCACCAACAUCCCGACUCCCACACCCACUGUCAACUUGGUGGCAUACGCCAUCCCAGCGAACCCGUGCUCUGUCACCGACGGGACGGGGCCGAGCUCGAGCUACCCGUGCGACUGCGGCACCAACCUGUGCACGAGUGGCGAGAUCUGCACCAGCAGCACAGACACUUGCGAUACCGCUGCUCCUACGCCCUCUCCUACGUCCGCGCCUACGCCCUCGCCGACGCCAUUGCCCACGCCCUCGCCGACGCCCUCGCCCACACCAUCGCCCACGCCCUUGCCAACGCCCUCGCCUACGUCCUCGCCGACGCCCUCGCCCACACCAUCGCCCACGCUCUCGCCAACGCCCUCACCUACGUCCUCGCCGACGCCCUCGCCCACAUCCUCGCCUACGCCAUCGCCGACGCUAUCGCCCUCGCCCUCACCAACGCCCUCGCCCACACUGUCGCCCACGUCCUCGCCUACAUUCUCACCGUCGCCGUCGCCGACACCAUCGCCUACGACGCCUUCUCCGACGCCCUCGCCCACGCCCUCGCCCACACCCUCGCCGACGCCCUCACCGACGCUCUCGCCGACGCCCUCGCCAACGCCAGCGCCUACGCCAUCGCCCACAACCAUUUACCGGGCUACUGCAGCGGCAUCACCUCCUGCGCUGCCUGCGGAAGCGCCCCCGGGUGCUACUGGUGCAACCAGGUCGGGAUGA